AACUUCAUCAACCUGAUCACAAAGCAACCAUGAAGUCUCUUAUCUUCGUUCUGCUCCUCGGAGCUGUCUUCGCUGAGGAGGACAAGAUCGUCGGAGGGUAUGAGUGUACGAGGCACUCCCAGGCCCACCAGGUGUCUCUGAACUCUGGAUACCACUUCUGUGGAGGCUCCCUGGUCAGCAAGGACUGGGUGGUGUCUGCUGCUCACUGCUACAAGUCCCGUAUUGAGGUGCGUCUGGGCGAGCACCACAUCAGGGUCAACGAGGGAACCGAGCAGUUCAUCUCCUCCUCCAGCGUCAUCCGUCACCCCAACUACAGCUCCUACAACAUCGACAACGACAUCAUGCUGAUCAAGCUGAGCGAGCCCGCCACCCUGAACCAGUAUGUGCAGCCUGUGGCCCUUCCCACCGAAUGUGCUGCUGAUGGCACCAUGUGCACCGUGUCUGGCUGGGGAAACACCAUGAGCUCCGUUGAUGACGGGGACAAGCUUCAGUGCCUGAACCUGCCCAUCCUCUCCCACGCCGACUGUGCCAACUCCUACCCUGGCAUGAUCACCCAGUCCAUGUUCUGCGCUGGCUACCUGGAGGGAGGCAAGGACUCCUGCCAGGGAGACUCCGGUGGCCCCGUGGUGUGCAACGGUGUGCUGCAGGGUGUUGUGUCCUGGGGAUACGGAUGUGCUGAGAGGGACAACCCCGGUGUCUACGCCAAGGUCUGCGUUCUCUCGGGCUGGGUUCGCGAUACCAUGGCAAUGGGCAGCGGAGAUGAUCCAGCCGUCGUUGAUGAGGGAGCCUCCACAGUAGUGGUAGCCAAGGUUCAGAGACACCUGGUGGGCCUGGGAGUGGGCUUCACACUGAGGGAUAGAGGGUGUCCCAGGCUGGCAGGAUAUAAAUACAGGCCAUGGAGAGGCCUGGGGACUCCUGACGCUUCACCGUUCCCGAGUGAAACCAUGAUCGGCCUGGCUCUGCUAAUGCUGCUGGGUGCUGCUGCGGCAGUGCCCCGUGAAGACGGGAGGAUCAUCGGCGGACAGGACUGUGAGCCUCGCUCUCGUCCCUUCAUGGCCUCCCUGAACUACGGAUACCACUUCUGCGGCGGCGUGCUAAUCAACGACCAGUGGGUGCUCUCUGUCGCCCACUGCUGGUACAAUCCCUACUACAUGCAGGUGAUGCUUGGAGAACACGACCUGCGUGUGUUUGAAGGCACUGAGCAGCUCGUGAAGACGAAUACCAUCUUCUGGCAUGAGCUGUAUGACUACCAGACGCUGGACUACGACAUGAUGAUGAUCAAGCUGUACCAUCCCGUGGAGGUGACCCAGUCAGUGGCCCCCAUCUCCCUGCCCACGGGCCCCCCUGACGGGGGCAUGCUCUGCUCCGUGUCUGGCUGGGGCAACAUGGCCAUGGGUGAAGAGGUGAACCUGCCCACCAGGCUGCAGUGUCUGGACGUGCCCAUCGUGGAAACAGUGGACUGCGAAGCAGCCUACCCGGGCAUGAUCAGCCCCAGGAUGGUGUGCGCCGGAUACAUGGAUGGGGGCAGGGAUGCAUGCAACGGGGACUCUGGAAGCCCACUGGUGUGUGAGGGAGUGCUCACCGGCCUGGUGUCCUGGGGACAGGGCUGCGCUUUGCCCAACUACCCCGGCGUGUACGUCAAGGUGUACGAGUACCUCUCCUGGAUCCAAACCACACUGGAUGCCAACCCCUGAACUGACCAAGCAGAUUGAGUACAACGCUCCCCUCCUCCUUCAUCUUGUCCCUCUUCUCCAAUCUCUUCCUUGCUUCUUUUAUCCCACUUGAAUCCAACUCAUAAACUCCUCAAAAAGUCUCCUGCCAGCUGAGACGCAAGUCCAAGACCGACAGAAAUUGGAAUAGUGAAUAAAAGCAAUGUCUACAUGCUCA